UUUAUAUGACGUCAUGGGCGGAGUUUAGUUGAAGAUCGAAUUCGGAUUCGGUUGGCGGGCGCGGCCAUCUUGGUGAAUAAGUGACCUGGCGAUUUGGAUUUAGUUAGUGAAAAAUCAGUUGUAAUCCACAAUGUCGGAAAGGGAAGAUAAUGUGUACAAAGCUAAAUUGGCCGAACAGGCUGAGCGUUACGAUGAAAUGGUUCAGGCAAUGAAGAAUGUGGCCUCGUGCAACGUAUCAGACAAUGAGCUCACAGUGGAGGAGAGGAACCUCCUUUCUGUUGCAUACAAGAAUGUCAUAGGAGCCCGCCGAGCCUCCUGGAGAAUCAUUUCAUCCAUUGAACAGAAAGAAGAAACAAAAGGCGCGGAGGACAAGCUGAACAUGAUCCGCGCGUACCGCAGCCAGGUGGAGAAGGAGCUGCGCGACAUCUGCUCCGACAUCCUGGGCGUGCUCGACAAGCACCUCAUACCCAGCUCGCAGACCGGCGAGUCCAAGGUCUUCUACUACAAAAUGAAGGGUGACUACCACCGGUACCUGGCUGAGUUCGCGACGGGCAAUGACCGCAAGGAGGCGGCGGAGAACUCGCUCGUGGCGUACAAGGCCGCCUCCGACAUCGCCAUGACCGAGCUGCCGCCCACGCACCCCAUCCGCCUCGGCCUCGCGCUCAACUUCUCCGUGAGUAUCCGCACCGCACACGCGCACUCCACACACUCCACACACUCCACA